AUGACAAAUUGUGAGACUUCACCAAUUUCCAGUACAAGUAAAUUUAGCUCAUAUAACAUUCAUUCAUCACCUAACACACCUGCAUCCACAUUCUAUACUACUGGUUCUUCUCCUUAUACUUUAUCUCAAUUCACAAGUCCAACAAAAUCUACAAAUGAAACCACAACACUAUCUCCAAUGCUUACACCAUUUAAAUAUUCAAAUAUUCAUACAGGUACAUCAAAACCCAUUAAUACUAUCACAAACUCAAAUUCAACAUCUACAUCGUCUAAAGCUUCAAGCACAUCUGCAAGUCCAUCAAAAUCUACAACUCCAACUAGAUUUCCUGUAAUUAAAUUUGUAAAACUUACUGCAUGGAUUCAAGAAGCAUAG